AUGACAGCGAGAAAGUCUGGGUCACGACUCGAGACAGAGAUAGAACGAUGCCGUUCGGAAGGGCAAUGGGACAAGAUACCAGAGCUUGUACGGCAGCUCUCUGCCAAACUAAUAUCAAAUGGUAAGAUUUGCUCUGCCGUUCAUUUAACGAUUUGGGGCCUGGACAGGAGACAGAAUCCACGGGCUUUCCUAACCACGUCAGCGGGAAUGAAAUGUCCAUUGCGAGUCGCUUCCAGCUAGCCAGCUAUUUCUAGAGGUCAUGCGUCUGUAAGAACGACAUAAUGAUCUUGAACACACCGGUAUAGUUUAUAUUUAGCGAAAACCCAAAACUCCUUUGAUCGUACGCACGCACUCACUUUUCUGUCAUUUAGGGCCCAGUCUAGCCGUAGCUGACUAACUUGGGCAGAGAGUAUUCCCACUGUGCAUACUUGUUGAAAGUUCUCACUCAGGAAAUAUUUCUAAACUAUUUUACUGAGCUCGCUAGCUAUCAUACCACUUGCAUAGGUAGACUUCAUAGAAAUAGUCCUGCAUAUCAAUGACCUCAUCAUACACAGUGGAGCGACUUCCUGCUUACUGAAAUCAACAUAAACAAAAUUGAAAUCUGUGCGCAAUAGCAUGCCUCAAGGAGAGGGGAAAUUGUUUUCUCAACAGAUUUCAGUUCUGGUGAUGUCUGUAACAGGAAGUCGCCUUGCUGGAAUAUUGAUGUAAUUUAACUUAACCUUUAAUGCCGCGUUCAAAACAACUGGGAACUCGGAACUCUCCCGCCUCUUUCUAGAGCUCGAUCACUGACGUCAUGAUUUGACAUCGUAUUUUUCCGAGUUCCCAGUUGUGCUGAACGCGGCAUAAAUGUCAUAUUUUGCCAUGCAAGCAUGUUUUGUUGACGUAAACUGACAUGCCUUCUUAUGUCAGUCAGACCAGAGCAUAGGGGCAGUUAACAAACGGUUAACAAACUGGAUUAGCCUACAAGUCGCUUUAAAAUCCAACAAAGCAAGACGUUGAGGUGUUGAAUAACACUAUUACUACUAAUCUUGGUUGACCAGUAUUUUUGUCUGUAGUACAGACCUAGGCCUAUAAUCUGCUUCACACCCUACAAACAUAUUGCACCACACCAGGCUUCUCAAUUUGUGGUGACUGGCUUUUUGCAUCAAGGAGACAGAGUUUGGCCUACCCAUUUCCAGCCAGCAGUUUUGGGUCUCCCUUCAUUCACUUUUAUCCCUAUCAAGUUUGACUGUACAUUUGUUGCUGAAUACUGAUGCUGGAGUAUUGUUGAUGCUGGAGUAUUGUACAGAACGUAAAGGAAUCUGCAUGUUAGUGCCAGGGUUUGCUGAUCUGUGUUUACCUCUGAUAUAUUAUUGGAACAUGAUGUGUGCUGUCAUCACACAUAUGACUAAAGUAGUGAGCCUAUUUGGAAAAUAAUCAGUGGCCUGUAGCCUGGGUCGUAUUCAUUAGUGCUUAUAAACUAAAACAAGUUUUAUUUUUAUUGGAUAAGGUCAGGUAGUCUUUCCCUUUUUCAGACCGUUUCCUUCUGUUUGUUGCCGAGUGAAUACGACCCUGUUGAACUGGGAGGGUAGGCUAUGUUACAUGUCAUGAUUCAUGAACCAUACUGGAGGUCAGUGGCGGUCAGUGACGUUUAGGAUGAGGGAGGACAAUUAUUUUUUAUGAGUGCCUUAUUUCUAUUACAGCAUAUUGGAUGUCAUUCUUAUUCCAUUCACCCAGCCCAGUUUAGGCUACUACAUGAUACUCACAUUUUCCAUAUACCCAUCAUGAGGUUGCUACAACCUAGCCUAUGAAUGAAAGUUUACAACGUAGGUGCACAGACAGUGACACAUUCAAUACUGCCUUGUACACUCUUGCCUGCACCUAGCUGACCAAGAGUGUAAUCAAUAGUCCAACAGUUGCAAACAAGAGUUUCUAUUGGACAAAUUCAGGUUUGUUUAUCCCUGUUUCAUUUCCGUUUGCUUCCUUUUAAGAUACAUUUUUCAACAGAAUCGGCGGAAUGAAUACACCCCUGAUCACACACAAACACAGUUCACUUUCAUAGCAGCCACAUACAAACAGCAUGAUCAUUUUGCUUGUUGUAUAAUUCCUUCUCGCAUCUACUCGCUCUCCUCCUCUCACCUUUUUCCUUCGCUUGUGGACUUCAGUGCACAACAAAUCAGCUGUCAGUGACCAGGCAAGCCAAACCUUCAUAUCAUAACUGCUAACCGCUACACACAGCCUACAUCGUUGUCACUAUAUUAGCUAGCUAACAUCAUAGUCAACAUAGCUACUAGAACUAACACAUUAGUAAACCUGCUACAGUAAGCAGUUUAGCAGUUACACCGGCGGGCCCCGGUGGCGAUAAAUUAAUCAAAUCAAAAGCUUACCUUGACUUGGAAUAGUUCCAGUGUUGGAUAGCCAUAGCCAGCUAGCUAACAUAGCAUCCCUCUCUUUUUGAGCGGGUGUUUGAGUAAGCUAAACUAGCUAGCUGCAUUCGUUAGCUAAGUGAAAGUGGAGAAAAAAAUACAACAAAAUAUUGCUAGCUCUCUCUCUCUCUUGCUUCUCCUUCAUGUUAAAAACUCUUCAACUAUUGUCUUGCUCUCUCUUUGAGUCAACUACUCACCACAUUUUAUGCACUGCAGUGCUAGCUAGCUGUAGCUUAUGCUUUCAGUGCUAGAUCAAUUCUCUGAUCCUUUGAUUGGGUGGACAACAUGUCAGUUCAUGCUGCAAGAGCUCUGAUAGGUUGGAGGACGUCCUCUGGAAGCUGUCAUAAUUACUGUGUAAGUCUAUGGAAGGGGGUGAGAACCAUGAGCCUCCAAGGUUUUGUAUUGAAGUCAAUGUAGCCAGAGGAGGUCAGAAACUAGCUGUCCUCCUUCUACACCAGGGUUCUUCAAUUCCGGUCCUGGAGGGCCGAAACACUUCUGUUUUUUAUUUCUACCUGGUAGUUAAUUGCACUCACCUGGUGUCCCAGGUCUGAAUUAGCCCCUGAUUAGAAGGAGAGGAUGAAAAACAGAGGUGUUUGGGCCCUCCAGGACCGGAAUUGAAGAAUCCUGUUCUACACCAUGGCACUACCCUACAGAGUGCUGUUGAGGCGACCUUCAUUGCAAAACAGUGUGUUUUAAUACAUUAUUUGGUGAUGUGAAUAUAUUUAGUAUAGUUUUAUCUAAAAAGUAUAACUUUUAAUGUUUCACUAUUUCUAUUUUUAUGAAAUACACUGAGGAGGAUGGUCCUCCCCUUCCUCCUCUGAGGAGCCUCCACUGCUGGAGGUAUAGACUAAACUGUGUUUGUGUUUCAGAUGACCUGGGGGAGCUGCUGCUGGGGGAGGCCAAGCUCCAGCAGUACCUCAAGGAGAACCCCAUCAAGCAGGGGGCCAGCCCCAGGGGCCCAAGACCCCGGCUUGUGGAGGUCCGCAAGCACCUGACCGCUGCCCUGGACCGAGGGAACCUCAAGGUAGAUGGUAAUGAUAUAACACAGUAGACCUCACCUAUAGCCAUUAGUAUCCGUCAUAUGUCCAGUCUAGUUUAGUCUUGUAACAGUGUUAUAACAGUAUAGUCCAGUCUUAUAACAGUAUUAUAAUACUGCAAAAGGGUAACACUGGUUUAAUCAGGAUCUAGCUUUACACUCACAGCUUUCCCAAACUGAAAGAAUCCCCUUUGAAUUGUAUAACCUCCUAUCACUGCCUCACUCCCUCGUGCUGCUUCUAUGCACCCUUUUUCUCUGAAACAUGAACAUUUAGCUACACAUAUUUUUGUGUUUAGGAGAAAACAUGUGGCUACACACUAUCGGUCUCUUCUCUUUCCUUUCGUGCCUAGCCGGACUACAUGCAAGAGGCUAGUAUGUUGAUGGCCAAGCUGUCCUACGUGGAGGAAGACUACAGUGAGGCCUUCAACCAGUAUGGCAAAGUGACCCUGGACGAGCUGGCGCUGGUGGGAGCCCCCGUCUACCGUCUCUCCAUGAUUGCCGAAGCAUACGCUACCAAAGGUAAGAGGCUUGGGUGCCAAUUGUAUAAUUCCCUCACAUUACACAAGUCCAGGUUUUUCCUGGCUCAAAAAGGGGCUUAGGUGGUGGCAGUGGCCGUGAAGAAACCUUUGGGUGGCCUACCCAAAAAGGUCUUGUGCAGGAAAACCCUGCCAGUAUUUCCCAAUUCAAAAUCUAUACAACAAAAUUGUCCACGGGAACAGAUCUAUGGUAGGGGAAACACUGCAUAACCCUACUUUCUAUUCUACUACCAAAUCUCAGCUUCAAACUUAACUCUGCUUCAGUACUCUACACGUUCCAUUCUAGUAAUUUGGUGACUAGCUCGAUAGGCUGUGUCAUCAUUCUAUUCUAAAGGACGUUGAGCCUAAUCUGUGGUGCUGAAUCCCUCUGUUCUCCCCCUGCCUCAGUCAUUCAUUGAGAAAGUGCUGAGGCUGAGCCUGGGGUAUUACCUAACUCUGCUGGUCUGGUCAGUCUGAGUCAGGACCUGGUGCCUGCCCUGCCGUUGCACCCCUGAACUCUGUCACUGUAUGCUUGCCAGGGGGAUGCUUAGCUUAGCUGAUGAGAACACAAUGUGACCAACUCAUUAUGCAGCUCCUGUCUGUGGAUGCUUGCUCAGGCCUUUCCCUCAGAAUUCUGCACUAAUACAGGGGGACGUUGGAUUGACCUGCUGUAAAAUGGAGAUGGUUUUGAUAGAGAAGUAGUGGCGUUUUAAAUGUCCUAUAAUAGAGUCAGUUGCUGUAUCUAAAUCUAGUGUGUAUUUUAAAAUGGACAUGACAUGGAGGAAAAAUACAUUGUCUCUGAAAAUAGGAAAAUGACACAGCAGGACCAGUCCUCUCAGCUUGAGCUAGUAUCCCCUGCAAUGUGUUGUUUGGCCAUGUGGUAGCAGUAGAGGUUCACUGUUCACUAUGCUGUGUUUGAACAUGCAGAGAGAAGUCCUCUCUCACACACACAACACACAACACACUCUCUCAGUUUCUCAAUGCAGAGCAGAGUGAAUGUGUCAGACAGUACUGCAGAGCUUUGAUCGGAGUUCUGACAGACCAGCAGCAUUACAUUGGCUGUGAGUUGGGAUAGAAGAAGCUCUACCGUAGUAUGGAGCCCCUCAAUACAGCAGCCUAGUAUACACACACAUCUGCCCCCCUCUAUACAUACAGCAGCCUAUCCUAGGGUUUACACAGACCGACCGAUGAUGCAAGCCGAGCAGUCGCCCGUACAGCAUACAUCACUGGGGAGCGACUGCAUUGCGUAGGCAACCCCACCCCACAUAGGCACACACACACAUCUCUCCGGGCCGUAUUUCCUGCACUCAUACUUUGUAUAUGGAGUGAAGCAUUGAAACAUUAGGGCUUGACCUGAAUGUAGAAAAGCUGACUUUAUAGCCGGAAACAUCUAGAAUGGAAGGAGGUCUCUUCAGAUGAAGCUCUCUUUUAUGUUAAACAGCAUAAUUUCUUAUAUAGCCCUUAAUUGGCUUUGCAAGGCAGUGUUGAUAGAUAGCAUAACCUGAGUUCAUUCGUCAUUUUGUGUGACUUUGUCUGGACCAGCCAUCUUGUUUGUCCGAUGGGGGGAAUGGUAAGACAUUACUGCUGUUUUAAUUUUAAUGAGCGUCCUAAUCGAGAGGAGUGGAGGGGAGGAGGAGGUCAGGCCGGCCUGUUUAGAGUGACACAGGAGCCCAUUAGGCUGUGAAAGUGCCACAGUGGUAUGAAUAAGUAAUGUGGCACGGCAGCAGAGAGCGCAGAGCCAUACAAUGACAAGAGAAUCCCCCGGGCACCAGUCAUUAACCCACAUGCACCUCCACCACAGGAAAUGUUUAUAAGGCAAAGACAAGCCUGGCUGCAUACAUCCAUCUUUGCAGAUCUCUCUCUCUCUCUCCCCAUAUCUCUCCAUCCUCCAUCCAUCCAUGGUGGGCGUCCGUCCGUCUGUAUGUUAAUCUCUCCAUCUGUUUGUCUCUGCCUCCUUCUCUGGCUUUCUGUUUCUUUAUCUAUGUAUACCUCUCUCUCUCUCUCCUCCCCUCUCUCUCUACCUCCAUCCCACUCUCUCUUUCCCUCUCGCAGCAGUAUUCAUGUUCCAGUCAUGUCCUAUAAAAAGAACACAUCUGCACCUCUAUGGUACUGGAGGUUUCAGGGUGUGUAAAUUAAUCAUGGGGAGUUGAUGGAUGAACCAUUUGGCUUGUAUUGUUUGGACCCUUUAGUGACUGGUUCUAUUUGAGCGUCACACAGUUGGAGUAGUCUUGUGUAAUUCCAGAGACCAGAGCUAUUUAUAAUUAAUUUGUUAUUAAGGCUAUUAUCUAUUAUUAAUGCGUUGUUUGAAAAGGCGGCUUUGGAAACGGCAGAUUCGGUUUCAUAACAACGAGGUGUGUGUAGCCACGAUGGAAGUGUUGUGCUUUCCUCCGUAUUGUCUUAUUACAAACAGAAUGGUCUGGUGAUUGACAGAGACACGGCCCACACAAAACAAGAUACAGUCUACCCAAAGGUCAGACAGGGAUACUUUUCUCAUAGAAUCAUUUUAGGGCCCCGAGUUAUUCCUUCCCACGUGAGUUUACAUGGAAAAACACUGCCUAUAACUAGGGGCACAGACUACAUCAAAGGCCCAGAGUUUUUCCUUGCCAGGUUACAAAAUCAGGGAAACUCAGGGCCCUACAUGAGGGAAAAGAGUGAGAGCCUUCAUUUGUGAAACAGCAGCCAGAAGUAGAAGAUGAUUGUUGUCCUAAUCUCAUCUAUAGAAGAAAGGAAGGCUGUAAAAUAAGGUAUCUCCUUCAGUCCUUGGCUGACGUGAGGUGAGGCUGGUGGCUGUCCUUGACACAGACCCCAGACACUGGCUCUUGGAGGCCCCAACAAGGCAGGCCAGACAGAGCAGAGCAACGAGUCACUUCCACUGCUCCUAGAGGCCCCAGCCAGUCAGCCCAGAUAGGACAGGGCAACGAGACACUUCCACUGCCACCUAACCCUGAGUUCCUGGUUGCUCCUCCAGACAUCUGUCAGAUUAGUGUCUUGUCCUCUCAGAGAGUGUGAUAAAAUAUCCAGGGGCUCUCUGCUGGCUCUCUGGGAGCUUUGAUCACCCACUGAUUCAUACUGUAGCAGGGACCUGGGAUGUGUCACCUUUUCCAUGGCUUCUGAGGACGGGCUUCAAGUAGCUAGAAAGGAGAGAUGAUUGUACACUAUGCACGUGCAUCCACGCACGCACGCACACACACAAAAACACAAACACACACACUAAAGCUUGAGCAUGAACCUUAACCCCUGGUGGGCUGCAUUGUGUAGUCUUAUCCGGACCAGAGGCAAGGCCACGGUGUGUACAGUAUACUGCCUAAUGAACUCUGUUUUUAAAGAUCCUCCCCUCUUUCUUUAUUUCCUCUCUCCAGGUCUGUGUCUAGAGAAAGUCCCGGCUGCAUCUCCGUCCCUGUCCAAUCGUAACGUGGACAGAGACCAGGAAGUGAUUACCUGCUAUGAGAAGUCUGGAGACAUUGCCCUGCUCUACCUACAGGAAGUAGAGAAGGUAACCUAGCAAUCAGCUGACAUUGGCUUUACUACUGGAUAUGAUGAUGGGAGGGAGAAGAUGGGGAUGCUUUAAUCACUGUGACCAAACCAAAUCAUUUUCAGGUGAUCUAGGCUAAUACUAACAAAAUAAUGAACCCUCAGUUAAAGGUAGACUUGGCGAGAUGACAUUGCCAUGAGCAGCACCGCAGAUAUUAAGAUGAACGGGAUGCAAGACUGCAACGUGAUAGCAACGGGACCAAAACAGUGGAGAAGUUUAGUCUUGAGCUUCAACACUCUUAGUUGUUGCGGAAAUUGACCCACUACUGCUGUUUACUUUGUGCAUCUACGUCAUCUCGCUGAGUCUACUUUUAAGUUACAAUACCAAAUAGCCAAGACUAAGGGCCAUUCACCAGUAACUUAACUUUUGUUCUCGGAUAGUUGCUGUUUGACAUUUUAAAGGGAAGAUUGCAGAAUGAGGUUGCUGUUAAACAUUCAGAUUUGUUUCAUCAUUCCAACUAAAGUCCCAACAUGACAUAUCACUUUACAUUUGUAUUUUGGGAGAAAUUUAUAUUUUAUCAGAAUAAAAUAGUCAUGUCGGAAAAGCGACGUUCGGAAAUGUGACGUAAAGAGGUGCACUACACGAGCAUGAGUGAAGGCACUGUCCACAUAAGACGGUAAAGUCCCACAUCAUACCAAGUUUUAGAAAAAAAUAUUUUGGCACUCUGAAUAUAGCCAACUUAUCAUCUGACCAUAUCCUAUGAUUUCUUUAUUCUGUAUCAGCUACGUUUUUAUAAUCACUUCUACAGCUCACAGGCUUUUAGCAUAGCCUCUUUUAGCUAACCACUAGCAGCACUUAUUAGCAGUUCAGCACAUCAGCAUUUCUCGUACUGUUACACAAAAUCAAGAUAAACCUUUACCAUCAUAGUAGACAUUGAAAGUCUAUAACCAAACUGGCUAAAACUCUGUUGUUGGCCGAUGGUAGCUAUAGCUAGCCACAUGCUAACCUGCGUGCUACUACUAGCAGCAGUAAAUCCAGGUAUAAUGGCUAAUACAAACAUUGACUACCAUGAUAUCCUGCAAGUUAAAUCGAUCAGGCAGUUCAGCAAAAAUAAAGACAUACCUUGAAAUAAACAAUGACAUUCAUCUGAUGUGUAUUUUACUGUUUAUUACAGCAAAACAUGCUUAUUCUAUCCCCAAACACCAUGCUAGAUCUGUGUGAGUGGGCCAUUUUGUUUUGCAUGGCCAGGUGCACUUACAGUGCCUUCAGAAAGGAUUCACACCCCUUGACUUUUUCAAAAUGUUGUUGUGUUACAGCCUGAAUUUAAAAUAGAUUAAAUUGAGAUUUUUUGUCACUGGUCUACACACAAUAUCCCAUAAUGUCAAAUAUAUUCAAAGCUGAAAUGGCUUGAGUCAAUCAGUAUUCAACCCCUUUGUUAUGGCAAGCCUAAAUAAGUUCAGGAGUAAGAAUUUGCUUAACAAGUCACAAAGUAAGUAACAUGGACUCUGUGCGCAAUAAUAGUGUUUAACAUGAUUUAUGAAUUUUAGACUUUGAGAGAAAAAUAUAUUUCUCCAUCCAUUCAAUAUCAACCCCUCUGUCAACCCCACACAUACAAUUAUCUGUAAGGUCCCUCAGUCAAGUAGGUAAUUUCAAACACAGAUUCAACCACAAAGACCAGGGAUUAUUUCCAAUACCUCGCAAAGUACACCAAUUGGUAGAUGGAUAAAAAUAACAAAAACAGACAUUGAAUAUCCCUUUGAGCAUGGUGAAGUUAUUAAUUACACUUUGGAUGGUGUAUCAAUAAACCAAAUCACUACAAAGAUACAGGCGUCCUUCCUAACUCAGUUGCCGGAGAGAAAGGAAACCGCUCAGGGAUUUCACCAUGAGGCCAAUGGUGACUUCAAAACAGUUACAGAGUUUAAUGGCUGUGAUAGGACAAAACUGAGGAUGGAUCAACAACAUUGUAGUUACACCACAAUACUAACCUAAUUGACAGAGUGAAAAGCAACAAGGCACUAAAGUAGUACUGCAAAAAAUGUGGCAAAGCAAUUCACUUUUUGUCCUGAAUACUAAGUUUUACAGUAUGUUUGGGGCAAAUCCAAUGCAACACAUUACUGAGUACCACUCUCCAUAUUUUCAAGCAUGGUGGUGGCUGCAUCAUGUUAUGGGUAUGCUUGAAAUCGUUUAGGCCUGGGGAGUUUUUCAGGGUAAAAAAUAAACAGAAUGGAGCUAAGAAACAGGCAAAAUCCUAGAGGAAAACCUGGUUCAGUCUGCUUAACACCAGACACUAGGAGAUGAAUUCACCUUUCAGCAGGAAAAUAACCUAAAACACAAGGUCAAAUCUACACUGGAGUUGUUACCAAGAAGACGGUGAAUGUUCCUGUGUGGCAGAGUUACAGUUUUGACUUAAAUCUGCUUGAAAAUCUAUGGCAAGACUUGAAGAUGGUUGUCUAGCAAUGAUCAACAACCAAUUUGACAGAGUUUGAAUAUUUUUGAAAAGAAUAAAUGGGCAAAUAUUGUACAAUCCAGUUCUGCAAAAUUCUUAGAGACUUACCCAGAAAGACUCACAGCUGUGAUCGCUGCUAAAGGUGAUUCUAACUUGUUGACUCAGGGGUGUGAAUACUUAUGUGUGUAUGUGUAGAUGGGUGAGAAAAAAAUGAAUUUAAUCAAUUUUGAAUUCAGGCUGAAACAAAAGCACAUGUGGAAUAAGUCAAGGGGUAUGAAUAUUUUCUGAAGGCGCUAGCUGGCUAUCUUUGGUUUUAUCAUCUACUAGCAACAUGACAUGACAAAACUCUUUGGGCACUUUAGUACCUACUUACCCGAUUCACCUCCAUCACUGAAGCCGCCCGUCGUUGUGCUAUAGUAACACCGGUGGUGUCAGUGGACUUGGAGCCUACAUUGACUGUGGGCGCAGAACCAUUUUUUAGCCUCAGCUUCGCUUGGGAACCACGCAUAUGACUGAAGCUCCAGGGGUUCCCCUGACCCAGUCUGCCCGCCGCAUCCUCACGAAGCGGUCCGACUUUCUUCCUAUCUUCUCGCGUUUUGGCCAAAAAUGCAUGCCGGUUAAUAGUGGUUGUAGUGCGCUGCCGCCACGACUAGGCCGUUCCUUUCUUGACCUGAGUCUCAAUGUAUUAUUGGUAUUUUAGUUUUUUAUAUAUAUAAUUCAAAUUGCGAAAAUAUAAGUGCAUGCAAAAACAUGUUGGUAACACUUCAUUUUAAGGGGUCCUUAUUACAGUGUAAUUAGAUGUGUAAUUACACUAACCAGUAUUGUAGUUAAUUGUAAUAACUGAUAGUUACACUGUAACUAUCAGUUAUAACAACAUGUAACUGGUGCUAAUUUUUGUCUGUAAUUACAGAAGUGUAACAACAAAUGCUUGUUACCAUGCUUGUUAGAAAUAGCCAGGUUUCCACUAAAUUCACCAAUUUAGUGUUUAGUUUCUUCUCUACUGCAUCCGAUUCAGUAAUAACUGUCACAAGGUUGUAAUCUCUUGUGGACAGAUGUGCUGGGUGUCCGAGAUUACUAAGGUUGGAGGAUCAAUAGACUCUAAUUACCUACCCGUGAAUGUGCACUCUUCAAAAUCUCCAUUCAAUGUUGUUGCUAGCACAAAAAGGGUACCAUCUGGGCUAACUUGGUUGAGUUUAAAAUAACAGAGUAUGUGGACACCUGCUUCUGGGAAGGCUUUCCACUAGAUGUUGUAAGAUUGCUGCAGGGAUUUGCUUCCAUUCAGCCACAAGAGCAUUAGUGAGGUCGGGCAGUAAUAUUGGGAGAUUAGGCCUGGCUCGCAGUCGGCGUUCCAAUUCAUCCCAAAGGUGUUCCAUGGGGUUGAGGUCAGGGCUCUGUGCAGGCCAGUCAAGUUCUUCCACACCGAUCUCAACAAACCAUUUCUGUAUGGACCUCGCUUUGUGCACAGGGGCAGAAUCGUCUAGAAUGUCAUUGUAUGCUGUAGCGUUAAGAUUUCCUUCACUGGAACUAAGGGGCCUCGCCUGAACCAUGAUUAACAGCCCCAGACCAUUAUUCCUCCUCCACCAAACUUUACAGUUGGCACUAUGCAUUGGGACAGGUAGCAUUCUCCUGGCAUCCGCCAAACCCAGAUUCAUACGUCGGACUGCCAGAUGGUGAAGCGUGAUUCAUCACUCUAGAGAACGCGUUUCCACUGCUCCAGAAUCCAAUGGCGGCGAGCUUUACACCACUCCAGCCGACGCUUGGCAUUGUGCAUGGUGAUCUUAGGCUUGUGUGCGGCUGCUCGGCCAUGGAAACCCAUUUCAAGAAGCUCCCGACAAACAGUUAUUGUGCUGACGUUGCUUCCAGAGGUAGUUUGGAACUCGGUAGUGAGUGUUGCAGACUCAGUGGUCCCACUCCUAGACGUUUCCACUUCACAAUAACAGCACUUACAAUUUACCUGGGCAGCGCUAGCAGGGCAGAAAAACUGACUUGUUGGAAAGGUGGCAUCCUAUGACGGUGCCACGCUGAAAGUAACUGAGCUCUUCAGUAAGGUCAUUCUAUUGCCAAUGUAUGUCUAUGGAAAUUGCAUUGCUGUGUCCUCGAUUUUAUACACCGGUCAGCAACGGGUGUGGCUGAAAUAGCCGAAUCCACUAAUAUGAAGGGGUGUCCACAUACUUUUGUAUAUAUAGUGUACGUCAACCUCACUGACUGGGGUCUACCAUAUGGGUGUCAUCCCAGAUUAUAAUUAAAAAAUAACUUAUAAUUAAUGUAUACGUUACCCAUUAUGACAACCUGAACCUCCUUGCCAUCCAAGUGGGAGGAUAAACACAUUAGUACACCACAGAGUACAUGUAAUAUCUGCAUAAGUACAAUGUAAUUUACUAGGUGUUACACAGGAUUUAGCUUGUUAAAAUGAAGUGUAUCUUGAGGUGUACUUACUUGUAAUUAUUGUGUACCUACAAAGUAUGUUACCCAUUCUGGCAAUCUAAUCAUCAGUUUCAGAAAUCUCCAUCCAAGUGAGAGGAUAAACACAUUAGUACACUACAGAGUACAUAGCUGUAAUAAUAUCUGCAUAAAUAUCUGCAUAAGGUUGGCGCUAGUUCUUACCCAGGAUUUAGCUAUUUAAAGUGAGGUGUAACUUUACAGUUACCUAUGAGCAAUUUCUAUAUAGUUACUUGUUACUCAUUACCAAGUGAAAAUAAUAAGUAUUGAUAGAUUAAUAAUUGUAUUAAUUAGAUUAAACAAAGAUAUUGUACCUACGCAAUAACAUAAAAAUAACUAUUCUAGGGGUGACUCAUCUGUAGCCUAUAGUAUGGUGAGUAGCCUAUAGAAAAAUGGCGAUUGUCUUUUUCUUCCCUUUUUAACGUUACAAGUAACAAUGGAAAUAGACAACGCUGUCUCUGACUUAGCUUUGGGACACAAUAUCGGAAGUCUGUGUAUUGGUUGUACUCCCUGAGUUGUUUAUCGUUCUGGUGGCGAGCGACAGAAAAUAACCCUACAACAAAUAGCCGGCUUCACCCAAAAAAGGUUUCCUGUCAACAAAGGCAUAUGGAUAAUCUCUAGGAACUCUAUUUACCAGAUGUAAAGUGAAAUGUGACCUCGCUAUCAAAUAACAGUCUGAGUCCAACUUUUGUCCGAACCGCACCAUAUUCCUGCUGUGUAGACAGUGGUAGAUUUUGUGGUUGGACGUCUUGCGUGAAGUGCGUGGUCUAAUGGCAGCCCGCUGUCUAACUCCACAGGAAUAUGGUGCUGUUCAGACAACAGUUGGAUUCAGACGUUUAUUUGAUAGCGAGGGUCACAUUUCACUUUUCAUCUGGUAAGUAGAGUUCCUAGAGAUUAUACAUACAGUUGAAGUCGGAAGUUUACAUACACUUUAGCCAAAUACAUUUAAACUCAGUUUUUCACAAUUCCUGACAUUUAAUCCUAGUAAAAAGUCCCUGUCUUAGGUCAGUUAGGAUCACCACUUUAUUUUAAGAAUGUGAAAUGUCAGAAUAAUAGUAGAGAGAAUGAUUUAUUUCAGCUUUUAUUUCUUUCAUCACAUUCCCAGUGGGUCAGAAGUUUACAUACACUCAAUUAGUAUUUGGUAGCAUUGUCUUUAAAUUGUUUAACUUGGGUCAAACGUUUCGGGUAGCCUUCCACAAGUGAAUGGGUGAAUUUUGGCCCAUUCCUCCUGACAGAGCUGGUGUAACUGAGUCAGGUUUGUAGGCCUCCUUGCUCGCACACGCUUUUUCAGUUCUGCCCACACAUUUUCUAUAGGAUUGAGGUCAGGGCUGUGAUGGCCACUCCAAUACCUUGACCUUGUUGUCCUUAAGCCAUUUUGCCACAACUUUGGAAGUAUGCUUGGGGUCAUUGAUCAUUUGGAAGACCCAUUUGCGACCAAGCUUUAACUUCCUGAAUGAUGUCUUGAGAUGUUGCUUCAAUAUAUCCACAUAAUCUUCCUUCCUCAUGAUGCCAUCUACUUUGUGAAGUGCACCAGUCCCUCCUGCAGCGAAGCACCCCCACAGCAUGAUGCUACCACCCCCGUGCUUCACGGUUGGGAUGGUGUUCUUCGGCUUGCAAGCGUUCCCCUUUUUCCUCCAAACAUAACGAUGGUCAUUAUGGCCAAACGGUUCUAUUUUUGUUUCAUCAGACCAGAGGACAUUUCUCCAAAAAGUACAAUCUUUGUCCCCAUGUGCAGUUGCAAACGUAGUCUGGCUUUUUUAUGGUGGUUUUGGAGCAGUGGCUUCUUCCUUGCUGAGCGGCCUUUCAGGUUAUGUCGAUAUAGGACUCGUUUUUACUGUGAAUAAAGAUACUUUUGUAUCUGUUUCCUCCAGCAUCUUCACAAGGUCCUUUGCUGUUGUUCUGGGAUUGAUUGAAGUACGUUCAUCUCUAGGAGUCUCCUUCCUGAGCGGUAUGACGGCUGCGUGGUCCCAUGGUGUUUAUACUUGCGUAACUAUUGUUUGUACAGAUGAACGUGGUACCUUCAGGCGUUUGGAAAUUGAUUGCUCCCAAGGAUGAACCAGACUUGUGGAGGUCUACAAUUCUUUUUCUGAGGUCUUGACUGAUUUCUUUUGAUUUUUCCAUGAUGUCAAGCGGCACUGAGUUUGAAGGUAGGCCUUGAAAUAUAUCCACAGGUACACCUCCAAUUGACUCUAAUGAUGUCAAUUAGCCUAUCAGAAGCUUCUAAAGUCAUGACAUCAUUUUCUGGAAUUUUCCAAGCUGUUUGAAGGCACAGUCAACUUAGUGUAUGUAAACUUCUGACCCACUGGAAUUGUGAUACAGUGAAUUAUAAGUGAAAUAAUCUGUCUGUAAACAAUUGUUGGAAAAAUUACUUGUGUCAUGCACAAAGUAGAUGUCCUAACCGACUUGCCAAAACUAUAGUUUGUUAACAAUACAUUUGUGGAGUGGUUGAAAAACAAGUUUUAAUGACUCCAACCUAAGUGUAUGUAAACUUCCGACUUACAUUUUACAUUUACAUUUUAGUCAUUUAGCAGACGCUCUUAUCCAGAGCGACUUACAGUUAGUGCAUACAUUUUCCAUACUGGCCCCUGUGGACUUCAACUGUAUCACGUGGUUUGUAAAGGCUGAAAUAUGGUGCGUUGGGAUGCUAUCAGAAACUUUUUAACAUUUGUAACAAGCAUGGUAACAAGUAUCCGUUGUUACACCCCUGUAAUUACAGACUGCAGUUACCACCAGUUACAUGUUGUUAUUACAGUGUAACUAUGAAUUAUAACAAUUAACUACAAUACUUGUUACAGUGUAAUUACGUAAAUACACUGUAAUAAGGACCCCUUAAAAUGAAGUGUUACCAACAUUUUCUAGAAACUUCUGCAUAAAGACCGUUCAGAUGGAAUAUCAUCAAUCUACAUUGUUAGAUUUGUGGAAAUAUAUCAUGCAACCUGCCCUUUUAAUGAAUCGCUAUCCUUCCUUGGUUUCCCCAAUAAGUGGAUUGGAUUUGCCUGUAAUUAACUAACUAAUUAAUUCAUUGAUUAGAUUUAUAAAGGGCUUUUCCAGUGCUCAAAGAGGCAACCAUUGUGUGCCAGAAUGCUCACCACACAUCAGCUAAUGUUUGGGAGUUGGUCCUGCCUGUGUGCUAGUGUAUUAGACAGUGCAGUAGGCCUAUACCCCAUCUGUAAUGCUGGUGUCUGUACUAUUAGUACCGUAGUGGUGGAAGGGGGCCAGGUCCAUCAGCAGAUCAAUGCAGCACUGACAGACUGGCCCAGGGUUUGAUGUUCCUGUUUCUGACCUUGGCUGCUGUUUCAAUCAGCAACUUUUUUCUCCACUCUGAUUUGUUCUGACAACAGGUUUUUCCCUUGCAUUUUAUUUUCUCUCUCUUUCUGUCUGCUCUCUGUUUCUCUCUCUCUCGGUUCUUUCCAUCUCUCUCUCUCUCUCUCUCUUCUUCUCUCUCUCUUCUCGUCUCCUCUCUCUUCUCUCUCUCUCUCUCUCCUUCUCUCUCUCUCUCCUCUCUCCUCUGCUCUCUCUCUCUCUCUCUCUUCUCUCUCUCUCUCUCUCUCUCUCCUCUCCUCUCUCUCUCUCCUUCUUUCUUCUCUUCUUCCUCUCUCUCUCUCACUUUCUCUUCUCUUCCAUUCACUGUCUGUUCUCUCCGCACUCUCAUGGGGUUGCAGAACAGUGUAGUGACCUUUUUUUUAUCUUUGUUCAUCAGCAUGCCCGGCGUCAUCAAGAUACUCACAUCCAGUGUGACUGCUAGCUAUUUGGCUAGGCCUUGCUACAUCGAUAUGCUCUCCAUCCCGCAGGUGUGAUGGCUUCAGAUGCUAUUUGUGGACUUUGAGGCCUUAAGUGGUUUUAGUUGGCUGUAAGCAGCUGAUGCAUUGUGUUGCCAUUGGGCUCAUGAUGUAUCUAGUUAACUGUGAUGACUGUUUGCCCUAUGUUACUUUUGCUAUUUGAAUUCCUUCCUUAAGUGGUUUUUAGUCUGUGUCCUUAGUUGAAGAGCAGUGAUGCAGGCUUGACUCAUUUGGCCCAUUUUGGGCUCAUGGUGUCAUCUUAGUUACCAAGCCUCCGGAUAGAGCUGUGUUGUUGCUCCAAAAUGUCAUAACUUUAUGUGCUAUUUGAAUUCAAUAUUGAAACUAAUCUAGUGCCAUCGAUUCACUCCCCCAAAUAGCCACAGGCUUUCCCCCCUGCAUUUUCUUUCUUCUGUAUCAGCUGUUAGUCUAAUCUAGUGCAACUGAUUCACAUUGGAGCGGCACUUCCCCAAAUAGCUCCCUCCCCACUUCCAACACACGCACACACCUUUCCCUUCCCAACCUACAUUACCAGCCCACCCACACAUCCAGAACACCACGUCUGGAGAUGAUAGUGUUGAUAGGGGUCAGAGUGGGGCAUGAGAGAGCUGCCCCACUGUAACUGACCCGGCAACUGAUUCCAUACAGCAUACAGAGAGACACUGAUACAAUACCCAUGAGAUUAAUGGGGCAACAGCACUACAUCCAGGUAUCUAUCUCUCUCAGUGUAUCAUGUGCCAGGCAGGCAGCAUAAGGUACUUGUGAUGACACUGACUACCUGCUGCUGGAUGAAAUGAUCUCAUAUUUUUGACAGACGGAGAGUGGGAACACAAUGGGGACCUUCUGGUCGGACUGAUGGAGAGGGUUAGGAGGGUGAGGAGAGGGUGAGGAGAGGGGGAGGAGAGGGAGAGGAGGGGAGGAGAGGGUUAGGAGGGAGAGGAGGGAAGGAGAGGGAGAGGAGGGAGGGAGAGGAGAGGGGAGGAGAGGGAGAGGAGGGGAAGGGGAGAGGAGGGGGAGGAGAGGGAGAGGAGGGGAGGAGAGGGUUAGGAGGGAGAGGAGAGGGGGAUGCGGAGAAGAGGGUAGCAGCCAUGGUUCUUCAAUCUUUCCCGUCCUCUCUCCUCUUAUCUCUUUCAUCUAGUUCUAUUAUUAUCUGAUGUUAUCUUGGUUGUGUUUUCUUAUCUCUCUGAUUAUCGCUCUGGUUUUGGAAGUACAAUAUUGUGGUUUCUGAAUUAAAACGUUUGGCUGAUUUGCAUAUGUGUAGGCCUAUACAGUGUACUAGUCUAUUGUUGAUGCAGAAUGUGAACACUAGACCAGUAUGUUGACUGUGCUGUGUGUUGCAAGAGGUGGCUCCAAUGCUCCAGCCUCUGUUUGUGUGUUUCAGGCCCUCAGUGCAGGGAUGCAGAACCGCAGUCCAAAGCCAGGUUCAGUGGCCCAGGAGCAGGAGCUGGGAUACUUCUUGGAGACUGGACUUCAGAGGGCACAUGUCAUCCACUUCAAAAAC